AUGACGAUGAAUGCACCAAAAUUUACUAUCCAUGCAGCUUUGUUUUCAGCCCUCUUUUUCAUGUUCUUCAAACUAAGCAAUUGUAUCCUCUGCCCCGAAAUCGAAAAACAAUCACUUUUAAGCUUCAAGCAAUCUCUCAACGGUUCCUCAAGCGUGUUGUCUUCUUGGGAUGCUAAAUUCGAUUGUUGCACGUGGAAAGGUGUUGUCUGCAUCAACUUAACUGGCCAUGUUCUUCAACUCCACCUCCAAGGUAAUUAUUCUUUAGGUGGGAAAGUAAGCCCUGCUUUGCUCAACUUAAAGCAUUUGAAAUAUCUUGACCUGAGUCAAAACAGCUUUGUCCAAAAUAUCCCUUCUUUCAUUGGAUCACUCACAAGCCUUGAGUAUUUGAACAUAUCAUUCACUGGAUUUUAUGGAAAGAUUCCUCAUAGUAUUGGAAAUCUUUCGAAUUUGCGUACUCUUAGUUUGGAAACUAUGGACACUGGAGGAGAAGACUAUUCAGGGCCGAAGCUGUAUGUGGAUAGUCUUGAAUGGUUGUCAGGGCUUUCUAAAUUAGAGUAUCUCAACAUGAAUCAUGUGAACCUGAGCAAAGCAACCAAUUGGCCUCAGCAGGUGAUCACCAAACUCCCUUCUUUAGUGGAGCUGCAUUUUGGUGGAUGUAAUCUUAAUUAUAUGGCUCCUCUGAAUGAUGUAAAUAAUAUAAGUCAUUUUCAUUUAGCCAUUCUUGACCUCUCUGAAAAUUACUUGGAUGGCGAAUCUUACGGCAUCAUCCCUCGGUGGAUUUUUCAACUCAGAGAACUUAUCUAUCUUGAUAUGAGUUUCAGCUCAUUGGAAGGCCCAAUUCCAACAAUGAGCAAUAGCACAAAACUCCAACACAUUGAUCUCUCCAGUAACAAUUUGAAUUCAAGCAUUCCACAGUGGCUCUACUCCUGCAAACAACUCAAGUAUGUCAAUCUGAAAUACAAUAUUCUACAAGAUGUAAUUUCUGAUUCCAUAUCAAAUCUGACUUCUCUCAAUACCAUCGAUUUAAGCGGAAAUGAAAUUUCUGGGAAAAUCCCAACAGAAAUUGCAAACCUGUGCAAUAUUCAGACCUUGAGUUUAUCUGAUAAUAAAUUAAGAGGAGAGAUAACAGAUUCAUUUGGAAAAAAUAUGUCAGAUUGUUUCUUAAGAGCUUUGAUAUCUUUGGACUUGUCAGAGAAUCAAUUCUCCGGCCAUCUGCCUCAUCAAUUUGGAGAAUUUAAACGUCUUCAUUAUCUUGAUCUUAGCUACAACUCACUGUCCGGUGUAAUUCCAGACGAGUUAGGGAAGUUGCUUUCCCUUGAAAGGUUAGAGUUGAGUAGUAACAAAUUGAUGGGAAACUUACCAGAGAGUUUGGGGAGACUUGCUAACUUGACAGAUCUUUCCAUAGAGGAUAACAUGUUGGAAGGGGUGGUGACUGAAGCCCACUUUGCCAGUCUCUCAAAUUUAUUUAACUUGGAAGCUUCUAGAAACCACUUGACUUUGAAUGUGAAUCCCAAUUGGAUUCCACCAUUCAAACUCAAUCGUCUUCACCUAGGGUCUUGGGACUUGGGAUCAUCAGGCUCUCGAUUUCCAUUAUGGCUGGAGACACAGAAAAACGACAUUGCGGAUCUUGAUUUGUCAUGUACUGGAAUACACGGAAAUGUUCCCAGCUGGUUAUGGAGUUUGAAUUUUCUCAACCUUUCGUAUAAUCAACUCGACUUCAACAUUCCUUUGUUCAGUGAUCCACCUUAUGAGCACUUUUACUACUUGACUUCAAAUAAUUUUAGCGGUCCAUUACCUCGAAUUGGGAAAAAUGUGGGUGACCUUGAUUUCUCCAAUAACUCAUUGUCCGGAGAUUUGUCAGAAUUUCUAUGCAACACAUCAACCGAUAAUGAAAUGCAAAAUCUUAAUCUCGGGGAAAACCACUUGUCUGGAGAGUUACCCGACUGUUUCCACAAGUGGCAAUCAUUGGUAGUGUUGAACUUGGGCAACAAUGAAUUAUUCGGAAGAAUACCAGAUUCCAUAGGAUUUCUAACAAAUUUAGAGUCCUUGAAUUUAUACGGCAACAAUUUCUCUGGCCACGUACCUUCUUCACUGCAAAACUGCACGGAACUAAUUAAGAUCGAUUUCUCUAAUAACAAUCUUGGUGGGGAGAUACCGAAAUGGAUUAACACAAGAUUUUAUCAGCUGAUAAUUCUCAUUUUGCGCUCAAACAAUUUCAGUGGAGAAAUCACCCCAUCCAUAUGCCAGCUAACAUCUCUACAAAUCGUGGAUCUCUCUCAUAAUAGGCUUUCCGGGAGAAUACCUUCCUGCCUCAACAAUCUUACUUCAAUGACCACUAAAAGAAUUUUGUUUACGCCAUAUUAUUCUACGUGGCAAACAGCAUUUUUGGAAAGUGCAUCAAUUGCCACAAAGGGAAAAGAACUCACCUAUGGCCGCUCCACUCUCUUUUUGGUCAAAAGUAUCGACCUUUCAAACAACAUCCUUUCUGGUGCCAUCCCAAGUGAGGUAACAAGUCUGGUGGAACUCAGAACACUGAACUUGUCGAGAAAUAAUUUAACAGGAUCCAUACCAGACAACAUUGGAAACAUGAAGCAACUCGAAACUCUUGAUUUCUCAAUCAACUCGUUAUCCGGCGACAUUCCAGGUAGCAUCACAAGCAUGUCUUUUUUGAAUAGCCUGAAUUUGUCAUAUAACGACUUGACUGGAAGAAUCCCACAAAGCACCCAGAUUCGGGGCUUGAACGAGUCGAGCUUCAUUGGCAACAAUCUUUGUGGCCCUCCACUAGAAAUAUCUUGCAAAAUUGACAGUAAUGCCCCUGGCAGAACGCACAUGGAGAAUCAAGGGCCAGAAGGCAAUAAGGCCGAGAUUGAUUGGUUUUACGUAUUUCUAUCUUUAGGAUAUGCGGUUGGGCUUUUGGCUGUCAUCACUACAUUGUUUUUAAAGAAAAAAUGGAGGGAAACAUAUUACGCGUUCUUUCGGAAAUCGUGGGACAGCGUUUAUGUGUGUUGUGUUAUCAAACGGAGAAGGCUCAUGCUAGUUUUGGGUCGGAAUUAA